UAACAUAAAAUAAACUUAUACAGUUGGUCAGUAUCUAUGUGUUUUGAUUUUGUGUCGUUAAGUAUCAUGUGCUGUUCUGUUUUAAAAAUAAUUAAAUAUUGAUGUACAACGUUGGAUGUAUAGCUAAAAAAUUUUACACUCUACAGUCUACACAUUGGCGUCGUUCUGGCGGGUUGUGAAUACCUAUUGUGUUAUUGACAUUCCAGGUAACUACCUCCCACGACGUAGUAACCAACAGUGCAAAUCUCGAGAUCAUGGGGAUAAAAAAUAAGAAAUCGAAACAUAAUAGUAAAAAAUGAAGUUAAUCAAAGUAUUCUUUGUAUUUCUCAUCCAGCUUUUAUAUAUGGAAACACCUGUACGGUUUUGUGGACAAUAGUUGGCAGCUGAACUAUCCAUCAUUUGAAAGGGGUGAUAUAAUGAAGAUAGAGAAUACAUUCAACUUAAGUCACUAAAUUGUUCACUCACAGAAAAUGGCCCAAACCGAAGCUGUAAAACAGGCAAAAGAAUUACAUGAAACAUUGCAGGCUGACGCAGAGAAUCUUUUAUUUCAACAAUUUCCAGAACGAAUAUUACAUUUAAACGAGUUACUCAAAAUGCCUGAGUUCAAAAUUGAUUCAAAUGACAUGAAAUGUGAAUUUAAUAAAAAUUCAGAUUCCAUUUCGGUACAAACACUCAUACCAUCCAAUAAAAAAAUUAUUGAAGUUAUGGAAAUUGUUAAACCCAAUCUCAAACAAUUAGUUGAAGACGCCAAAGCUUUGGUGAUGUGGGUAUCCUUAUUAAUACCGAAAAUUGAAGGCGGAAAUAAUUUUGGAGUAUCUGUGCAAGAAGAAACUAUUGGUACUAUAAACGAGGUUGAAAUAACAACAGGCAAAAUUCUUAUGCUGAUAUCGCGCUACUAUUUAUCUCGUGCAACACUUAUUUCCAAGGUUUGCAAAUACCCAUUCAUUAAAGACUAUCAGUAUGCUGUUGCAGAAUUGGACGAAAGACAAUACUUCUUUAUGUCUCUUGCCAUGCAUGAAACCUGUAAUUCUUAUUCUAUAAUGCAUGAACUGAUCAUCAAAAACUUCGACAAAAUAAAGAAGCCACGGUCAUCAAAUAAUGACAGUCUUUAUUAAGUGCAGUAAAAUCAUAUACAAAAAAAAAAAACAACAAAGACUAGAGAUAUCUCUAAUUUCUAGCCUUCAUUCUGAAAACUUUAAUAUUUAAAUUUAUUCCCUUAUCAUUCCCUCAAUAUAUUCAUUUUUAUAUCGAUAAU